AUGAGUCGCAGCCCAGAAAGGAUCUCAUCCUAUCGCCGGCAUUUCGAGGACACCAGCACCUCCUCUUACCAGGUGAGGGUCAGCAGCCCUUCUCCCAUCAGACGGGAUGUCGGGAGGUGCCGUUCAGCCAGCUACACCCGUAAAGCCAGAGCUGUCAGCAGCAGCAUGGCACUGGGUCGGAGGACCAUCUCAUCCUCACGCAGUCAGCCCUUUAUGACUGGUGUCGGAAUGGGAUCCAUCUGUCUUAGCGGAGGGGGUCCAGGGGUCGAUCUCGACCAGGCUUCUGCAGAAAACCGUGAAUUCCUGAACACACGAACCGGUGAGAGACAAGAGAUGAUUCUGCUCAACGAUCGACUGGCAGCAUACAUCGAGAAGGUCCGUUCGCUGGAGCAGCAAAAUAAAUUGCUGGAGACGGAAAUCGAGGCCCUAAAGAAUCGAUACUUGAAGCCCACCGGCCUUCGCCUGCUGUACGAGGAGCAACUCCAGGAGCUGAAGAGGCUGGCGGACCACAUGAGAGUACAGCGGGACCUUGCUAUCGCUGCAAAGGAUGCUAUGGCGGGUCAGCUGGAGAUGAUGAAGGUGAAAUACGAGGAGGCCUUGGAGAUGAGGAAGAAAGCCGAGCUUGAUAUUGAAGCCUUCCGUCCGGAUGUGGACGCCGCCACCGCCGCGCGCAUCGCUUUGGAGAAGCAGCUAGAAAACCUAGAGGUGGAACUAGAAUUCCUUCGAAGAGUACACAAAGAGGAAAUCGAGGAGCUUAUGAAACAGAUAUAUGUGGUCCACGCCUCAGCAGCAGACGCCUACAGCCUCCCAGACCUCUCCAGCGCCAUCCAGCAGAUCCAACACCAGUAUGAUGACAUUGCCGCGAAGAAUUUACAGGAAAUGGACUCUUGGUACAAAACUAAAUUUGAUGAUCUCAACAACAAAACGUCAAAACACGUGGACAAGACGCGUAGCGUGCGAGAGGAAAUUGUAACUGCUAAGAAGGACAUUCAAAAUAAGGAGCGUGAUCUGGACUCUAUGAAAACCAAAAAUGAGGCUUUGGAAGCACAGAUUCGCGAGACUCAAGAAAAGUACAGAAAAGAUCUAGAGGAACUCCAGGCAAGAAUUGAAGCCUUGCAGCUUGAGCUGAAAUCCUCCAAACAAAGGACAGCACUGCUCCUGCGUGAAUACCAAGAUCUGCUCAAUGUGAAGAUGGCCCUGGAGAUUGAAAUUACCACAUACAGGAAGCUCAUUGAGGGUGAAGACUCUCGCAUUGCUUCUGUGAUGCAGGGCAUACAGACCAUGUCCCUCAUGAGCGGCAGCGUAAGUGUUCAAAGUUCUGGAGCAGCAGGUGUUGCAGGGGUUGCUGGAGGUCCUGGGGUUGUUCCAGCCACAGGUCUUGGAGGAGGUCUAGACAGUGGGCUUACCAGAGGUCUUGGAGGAGGGAUUGGCAAUGGUCCUUCCAAAAGUCUCGAAGGUGGUAAUGGCGGAGGUGCUGGAGUAGGUCUUGUUAAUGGCAUCACUGGUGGAGUUGGCGACCCAGGCGCCGCUGCAGACUACACUCAAGAACAGGCUGUGGAGAUGACUGAGAGGAAGACUGUGCUUAUCAGAACCGUUAAAGCUGAGGACGACACGCUGGAGAGCAACACACUGGAGAAAUCGUAUUCCAUCUCUGGAGCUGCUGAUGAAGAAGAGUAGUGGUGUAUUCUGCUCACCAAUCAUGCCUUCAGAUGUG